GCUUCUUUUCAGUUAGGCUGUGCCACAGGAAGUCAUUACAAUCCUGUUGCAACUUCCAAAGAUGUCCCCCAUGCUGCACAGUACCACGGCAGUCUUUUCCUGUUAUUUCGACUUUUUUCUGUUACGCACCACUUUACAGCACUCUGAGUCGUGAAAGAUUAAUUCUUACCAUUCCUGCCCAGAGAAUGGGGGUUCUCCUGGCCCCUGGGAGUUGGGAAGAGGGAGACGAGGACAGGAACACGGAGAGAAGGGUGAGGUUGCCUAGGGACACAUUUCGAGGUUGCACGUGCUCGAGGAUGGCUGAGACCCCGUCUCAGUCUGAGCCGCCAGCAUCAGUAGAACUCAGUGACGACUUCAAGAAGCCAACUCUGCCAGGGUCCUCUGCAGUGCGGGGUAAGGCUUCGGCCGUCAGUCCUGCAAACCCUGAGGAGCUGACGAAGGAAUGUCCCACGGCGCUGCCGGAUCUUGAUUCUGGGGAGCCCGACGUCCUGCCGCUUGGGCCGGACGGCGGGGAGACGAGUAGUCUCCUGGAGCAGCAGCUGCGUCCCCCCACUGCGGUUUCUUCCCCAGGAGGCCCAGCCCGUGGACCCCAGUACCAAGAGCCUCCGUGGGGCGGCCCAGCCACGGCCCCCUACAGCCUAGAGACACUGAAGGGCGGCACCAUCCUUGGCACCCGUAGCUUGAAAGGAGCGAGUUGCUGCCUUUUCGGGAGGCUAUCGAGCUGCGACAUAUGCCUGGAGCAUCCUUCCGUGUCGCGGUACCACGCCGUGCUGCAGCACAGGGCGCCAGACCCAGACGGAGAAUGCGACGGCCACGGGCAGGGCUUCUACCUGUACGACCUGGGAAGUACGCACGGCACUUUUCUCAACAAAACUCGAAUCCCACCCCGCACCUAUUGUCGGGUCCACGUCGGACACGUUUUUCGCUUCGGAGGCAGCACUCGGCUCUUUAUCCUGCAGGGACCAGAGGAAGACCGAGAGACAGAAUCCGAGUUAACAGUAACGCAGCUGAAGGAACUGCGAAAACAGCAACAAAUAUUAUUGGAGAAGAAGAUGCUGGGAGAAGACUCAGAUGAAGAGGACAUGGAUACCACGGAAAGGAAGGGAAGUGCUAGUGGCCAAGAUGAUGACAUGGGCUGCACCUGGGGAAUGGGUGAAGAUGCCGUAGAGGAUGAGGCUGAAGAGAAUCCCAUUGUCUUAGAGUUCCAGCAGGAAAGAGAAGCCUUUUAUAUAAAGGAUCCAAAAAAGGCUCUCCAAGGUUUCUUUGACCGAGAAGGAGAAGAAUUAGAAUAUGAAUUUGAUGAACAGGGACAUAGCACUUGGCUCUGCAGGGUGAGGUUACCGGUGGAUGAUUCAACCGGGAAACAACUGGUGGCGGAGGCCAUUCACUCAGGAAAGAAAAAGGAAGCAAUGAUCCAGUGCUCCCUGGAAGCUUGUCGGCUUCUUGACACUUUGGGAUUGCUACGGCAGGAAGCAGUAUCUCGGAAGAGGAAAGCCAAGAACUGGGAAGAUGAAGACUUUUAUGAUAGUGAUGAUGACACAUUCCUCGAUCGGACUGGCCUGAUUGAGAAGAAGCGUCUGAACCGAAUGAAAAAGGCUGGGAAGAUUGAUGAGAAGCCGGAGACCUUUGAAUCACUGGUUGCAAAGUUAAACGAUGCAGAAAAGGAACUCUCUGAAAUUUCAGAGAGGCUCAAGGCUUCAAGCAAAGGUCUCUCAGAGUCAGCAUCUCAGGAUUCAUUAGAUGCGUUCAUGUCAGAAAUUAAAUCAGGGAAUGCAUUAGAUGGUGUAUCCCGGAAGAAACUUCACCUGAGAACUUUUGAACUGAGGAAAGAACAACAGAGACUUAAAGGAUUAAUAAAAAUUGUAAAGCCGGCAGAGAUUCCUGAACUAAAAAAGACUGCAAGUCAGACUGCAGAUUCAGGAAACAAAGCUAAGAAGCUUACAUUGCCUCUUUUUGGUGCCAUGAAAGGUGGAAGCAAAUUCAAAUUAAAAACUGGAACAGUUGGGAAGCUGCCCCCAAAGCGGCCAGAACUUCCCCCAGCUCUAAUGAGAAUGAAGGAUGGGCCUGAAGUGGAAGAGGAGGAAGAGGAGGAGGAGGAUGAAGAGAAAGAAAAGGAGGAGCAUGAAAGGAGAAUGGAGGAUGGGAGCAGUGGGCGGCUGCCGGAGCUAGAGACAGAGGCAGCAGGACAGGAAAUGAGUGUUCCCGCAGCUCUCACGGGCUCUAAGGAAGCAAAAGGCGGUGAAAACACGCCUCAACUCAGCCAAGUAGAUCAGAAUAAAGGUUAUCAAGAGCCUAGUAAGACAGCUUCAUCACCAGAGGAGGCCUCAGCAUCAAAGAAUGAAUAUGAGAGCAGCACUGAAGAAUUGAAGAAAAAGAAAGCUCCUGGUCCAGGCAGAUUUCUACCCACACUUUCUUCGAAAUAUCCUGAAGAUGACCCAGACUACUGUGUGUGGGUUCCACCUGAAGGUCAAAGUGGAGAUGGCAGAACCCAUCUGAAUGACAAGUAUGGCUAUUGAUUUCCGCAGACUCCCAAAGGAAGACCUUGUGGACCAUGUACAUAGGACAUUUUGAAUGCUAUGUCAAGUUGAGACCAGAGAAGUUCAGAUGACCAUUUGUAAAGUCUGGUGACUGGCCUUUUCUUCCAUGCUCUUGGCUGUUUAAAGUUAUCUGCCCAUCUGAUUCUCCUGAGAUUUUGGUAUUUAUGUCUAAAAGGAUUUGUGUAUAUAUGUAAAAAGGAAACCACAUACUUUGACAAUUAGAAAAGUGAGACACGUGAGAAUACAAAAAUGUCUGUAGUGUUGAUUUAAGACCAAGCCUCUUUGAUUAAGACUGAAGGACUAUGGGCCUGAGGCUUGCCCAGCAUGCAUGAGGUCCUGGGUGUGAUCCCCACAUCAUGACAAAACACAGAGUAAAACCAAAACAGAACAGGCUUUUCCUGAGCACUGGGAUGCCUCUGGCAGUCAGGCUGGAGAAUUCACUGAUAUAAUGUCCUCAGGUAACUAGUGAAGUAGGGUCUGCCUUGGGUUUGACUCCGAAUGUCCUUGUCCCUAGAACUAAAAAUAGAUUUGCAGUGGGGCUUCAUACUGACUUGAAAUGCGAUUUCUCCACCAGGUUUGAGAAUAGACCCUGACUUAUCAGGACAUAGUCAACUUAGCCCCAUCUCAUGCACUUGGCCACCGGUCUGAUAAGAUCUCAGCCUAAUGAAUGUUCUGGAUUCUGCGUGACUAAUGGGUUAGUUAUCCCUCCUCUUGUGGAAGGGCACAAAUAAGGUCAUGGAAUGAAAAGCAGAAUGUCUCCUGCUCGGGGCGGGACUUCUCACCUCUGUGGUGAGGAAAGUAAAAGUUCCUUCCUGGAAACAGGAGGAAAUGCAAGCUGCCAUAUUACUUCUUCUCUUCUUCCCCGUCAUUAAUGCCUUAUUUCUGUAGAAAGGAAAGUCCGAGAGUGAAGCAGGGUGGAGAGCACUUGAGUUAGGUUGAAGGCAGACAUACUUAGCAGGAAAAUUGCUACAGCCCAGCUAGAGAGUGGAUGAGGCUGUUGCUUUCCUAAAAUGGAUUAUGCAUGAAGGUAGACAGAAAGCAGUAAUGAUAAUGAGCAGCUUCCGUUACCCUGGCAGAUGUGGGAAGUUUGGCCCACUAAAGUAAGGCACGGUGGCUCAUGCCUGUAAUCCCAGCACUAAGGCUGAGGGAAGAAGGUCACAAAUUUGAGCCCCGCCUGAGAAAUUUGGUGAGACCCUGCCUCAAAAUAAAAAGGCCUGGGGAUAACCAGACAUGGUGGCACAUGCCUAUAAUCCCAGCUCUGUGGUAGACUGAGGCAGAAGGAUUGAAAGUUUGAGCCCAGCCUGGGCACCUUCAUGAGACCCUGUCUCAAAAGAAGAAAAAGGCUACACUGCAGCUUAGUGUGAAGGCCCUUGGUUCAAUCUCUGGUACCACCACCAAAAAAAGAAAAAAAAAAGUGUCGAGGGGCUGGGAUGUAGCUCAGCAGCAGAGUGCCCCUAAGAUCCAUCCCCAGCUCAAAAAGAAGAAGGGAUGUUGGUACUGUGGAAACUCAUUUUGGACUUCGUUCAGGCUGAUUACCUGCAGGACUGGUUGAGGAGGUGGGGAGUGACGGGUUUGGGGGCAGAGCGACCACCUCCUUGGAUCAAAGUGGUGAGCAGAGGCCUGAGUCCGACCAGUGGUCUUCAGAGGUGAACGUCCAUUCAGACCAAGUUGUACAUGGAACCCUACUACGUGACCAGCCCAAAAUACCCCUGCUCUGGGAGAGGCGAAGGCGCUGGAGUUGGAGCCACAACACGCACACAUACAAGUGCACACAUGUGCACACCUUCCUUGUUCUGCACUCUCAGUGACUCUGAGAGGUGCUAGAUGCUCCACGGAGCACAGCCCGCCUCAGGAAGGCAGAUUUCUAAAGGUUCUGUGGACAAGAGGUGUCUUCAUAAUUUAGUACAUCGUGUGUGGUAGCUGACAUACUUCGUGCACUCCUGUGAAGUAAAGAAACGUUCUCUGAA